CACACUACCAGCAACCUCGCUUGCCACGGACCGGCCGUAAAAGAGGAAUUUCAUCCCAAUCUGUUCUUGCACCAAGAUCCUCUGAAAGGCACGCGUCAUCCAAACACUAGUGCAUUUUUCAUCAAAUGAGGAAAGCGUUUCUUUGAAAUUCUCUGGAAAGGCUGUGAAAAAUGGCUGAAAACAUAUUUUUGUUUGUGCCUAACAUGAUAGGAUAUGGUCGUAUUGUACUGGCGCUGAUAUCCUUCUAUUACAUGCGGACUGACUACGUCACGGCCACUUGGUGUUAUCUGCUGAGUUAUUUAUUGGAUGAAUUUGAUGGCAUUGCAGCAAGGACCUUGAACCAAGAGACCAAGUUUGGAGAAAUGCUUGACAUGUUGACAGACCGAUGCGCAACCAUGUGUCUCCUAGUGACCUUGUCGGUCUUGUACCCUGACUACAUGUUCUGGUUCCAGCUCAUUAUGACAAUUGACAUGGCAGGCCAUUGGCUCUUUUUCCAUAGUUCCAUCUUGAAGGGAAUUUCCAAUCAUAAACUGGUUGACAUGUCUGGCAACCCCAUCCUACGCAUCUACUACACCUCAAAACCGGUGCUGGACGUUUUGGUUUAUGGAAAUGAGCUGUUCUACAUCAUGCUGUAUCUGCUGUAUUUCUCUGAGGGACCUCUGAUUCCCGUUGUGUCUGUCGGCAUCUUUCGUCUGAUCCUCCUCAUCUCGGCACCAGUCUCUCUCGCCAAGUUAGCUAUCACUCUGCUUCAUCUGGUCACCGCCGCUCAGGACAUGGCCAUCAUUGACGUCAGUGAGAGAGAACAGAAAGCCAAGAACCGGCAAGGUUGAGAAGAAAGGCAGGGAAAAGAGUAGGGCAAAGGUUAAUAUGGUGGAUAGUCAAGGUUUAGUGAUGGAUUAAGCCAGUGGGUAUAA